AUGGCCGAUAACGAAGUCUUCCAGUACUCUAUAAUCUCGGCGCUCAUGGAUGGUGUCGCCUCGCACGGCACUCCCAUCGCCCGCGUCCUCGAGCACGGCGACCACGGCCUGGGCACCUUCCGCAAUAUGGUGGGCGAGAUGAUCGUGCUGGACGGGGAAGUGUACCAGAUGAAAGCCGACGGGUCGGUUGUGCACAUCACGGAUCCCGCGUCAACCGUCACGCCGUUCGCCACCGUGACGCGCUUCCGCCCAACGCUCCAAUCCCGGGUCACGGUAUCCGGCAAGGAUGGGCUUGAGGAGUACUUGACGCGGGCGUUUCCCGAGGCGAGGAAUCACUUUCUCGUGGUGAGGAUGGACGGCUUGUUCAGCAAGGUCCAUGUCCGGACCGCGGGCGGGCAGAACAUCCCCCGAGAGGGAAUGGUGGAUGUGUGCGCCAGGCAGACGGCGCAUACCUUUGAGCGGGAAAAGGGGACCAUUGUCGGCUUCAGGUGUCCGGAAUAUGUGAUGGGGAUCAAUGUGGCGGGGAUUCAUCUUCACUUCAUUAGUGAGGACAGGCAACGCGGGGGGCAUAUCCUGGACCUUUCGACGGGUGCCGUUGCAGUGGAUUUUGCCGCUGCGCAGAUGUCGAGGUUCCAUUUGGAACUGCCCACCGAAGACGGCGAGUUCAACCAGGCCAACCUGAAAUUGCAGGCGCAGGGCAUAAAGGCAGUGGAGGGUUGA